GAAAACUCGAGAGCAGUCCACGGAAGCAAUUUAUUAUAUAGAGGGCUUUUAUAACCCGAUUCUUAUUUUAACUGCACCACGCAGUUAUUCACUAAGGUCAAUCCACAUACACGUACUUUUUAUUUAUAUUACAUUGUCCUCUAUACUCCUCUUAUUAUUACUUUGCAACUCAAAAUGGAGGGCGAAACCGGGUUCCAACCAAACAAAUCCGGUGAUUCGUUCUCGCAGGGAGGCUUCCAACAGGAAGGCUUUCAGCAAGGAGGUUUCCAGCAAGGAGGCUUUCAACAAACCGGAUUCCAAUCCGAUUUCAACAAGGGUUUCCAGCCACAGGGCCAUCAAGAAGUUCGUCUGGACGCUGCAGAUCUUGAGGGUCUUCGAAAGUCAAUUGAGACCGCAAAGGAAAAGCUUCAAGAGGCCGAAAGCAUUCUCAGGAAACUUGAAUUUACGCCCGUUAGCAGCAACGACCCAGGAUUUCCUAACAACGGAUUUUAGAUCCUUGCAGCGCUUGAAUGAUUUUAUCCACUUGACCUCAUAAGUGUUAAGAUGGGAGGUAGUUUAAUAUUCAAUUGAAUAUAUUGAUAUAAACACUGUA